CUGUACACUCCCAUCGUAUUGGGUUUUGGUUUUCCAAUCCGUCCCUUCCUUCCAGUAUCUCCCCUAGAACCAUUUGGUCUCAUCAAUAAUAAGUUAGCCAUCCGAACCUGCAGCAGUCAGUCAACCAUAACGCGAGCUGCAACAAUGGCUGGCACUCACAGGAGUCUCUCUAUGCACCCUGACGUGGCAAACGAGUCGGAACUCAGCAUUACACGGGACCAGCACUCUCGAAAUGCGAGAAACGCCGACUACAAGGCCAUGCUAAAUGCCCGGAUUGCUGUCAGACGGACAGUUGAAUACUCACUUGCAAGCGACCAGGAGAGGGACAGGUUGCUUAAGGCCGCAAUGGCUGAGGCUUCUGCUAGAAGACUCCAAAACCGCCAGGACCAUGACUCCAAGAUGGCCGACUUCGACAACGGUAUCAGGCAAAAGAAAACCAAUGUACCCAUCAAGGCCUUCCUCGAAAGCACAGCCGCUGCAAACCGCAGAAGUCAAACCCUGCCCUCCAUGGAUCUGGGCAAACUCGCUACCCCAAGGACUCCCGCUCCACAGCAACUCUACCCCACCCCUUCUACGGUAUCCAGUACCAUCUUCCGAAGUAUCGAGACCAUCCCUCGCGGGCCUGGAAUAGAUAUUGCACCCCCGGAGCCCGUCCCAGACAUGGAACCCUCCCGGCCCCCAUUGACACGGUCUUUCGCCCGCCGCACGACAGGCAUGACAGGCAUGACAGGCAAGAAGAAAACGACAGGAGGCACAGUUCAUGCUGCGAGCAUGGCUCAGGGCUCGCCCACAUCCUCCACCUCCGCAUCUCUGUCUCCUCGUAGUAGCCAACGCACCACCACGAAACGUACCAGUGUGGUGACCAAGUCUAAGGAACCAGACUCACCGCCCUUCUCGCUGAGCAACAAUCAUGGAGACCCUGCCAGCGAUACGAGUACGGGUACCAAUGGCACUCGCCUCAAGAGAAAAGUUCCCGGCACAGAUGACGACGCCUCAAGCCCCGGCAAACGUCCCCGACCCAGCAUGGAAACCCAGUUCGAAGCACUGCGAAACGUCGUGCAAAACCUCAGUGGCCAGAUGAGCCAGCAGCGUAACAGCAUAGAGGUUUUGCAACACGGCAGCCAGCCCAGAGAUGGUGGUGGUGGCUCGCCUGUGGUUGUUUAUCAGUCGAGCAGCUUCAAUGCGCAGGUCCAAAACCUCAACCAGCUUGCCAAGGCACAGCACGAAGCGGCCCUUACCCUCAUUCAGCUGACGUACCCACGUAUGGCAGCCGCUCUCGACCGGCUAAACGAGGCAACUGAAGCAAUAGUAACCCGGGUCCGGGCAUCAGGCGUGUCUGAAGAUGAAAUUGCAUCAGAGACUGGCGAGUUCAGGAUUGCGAUGGACUGUGUUAUGGACCUACUAGAUGGUCAGAAUCGGGCCCGAUAGCUGGUGAACCUGUGUGUUUAUCCUUGCUUAUUCCGGGUCUUUUUGGAGUUUUCGUUUCACACGAGUAGUCUGAAGUAUGUUGUUUAGACUGUUGGACUGACUGGAAAGACUUGGUGUCUCGCAUCUUUUAUCGACUUUUUCCGAAGUGAGGAGUUCACAGAAAGGGAUCACAGGUACACAAGCAAGUUAUUGGGGGUUUUAUCAUACAGCAUAUUUUGGUUGCUUAUUCAAACAUAUCACAUUGCACUCAAAUCCAAGCAUUGUAUCAGCCGAAGGGCUGAAUGGACUUUUUUCAGUCCUAUGGUGGGUUGCUUACCUUCUGGUUCUAUUCCCUUUUUUGCGUCACCUCGUUGACCUUUCUUCUCAAA